AUGGAAGCCGACCAAGUUCAUACAAUUACACAAAGAAAUAGGUAUCGUAUCUCAACUAUACAAAAUUUAUCCGAGCAAGCGUACAAAAAUAAAUAUGGCAUGGUCAGUUUUUUGAUCGGCAAUUUCUCAUGUGUCGCCAUAUCUGAACCCGUGUCUGCGCAUUUUGUACUAAGAUCAUGCCUUGAAAAAGGACAGAUGACGCUUGUUUUCCGUCAUAUGGUUGGGAACGGAUCAAUAUUUGCUCCAGAGAGGAUAUGGCGCGUUCGUCGCAAGAUUAAUGCAUUGGCACUUGCUCCAAAACACAUCAACAAGUUCGUCAGAGUAUACGCGCGGAACAGUCAGGUGUUGGUGGACAAACUAGCAGUGUAUGUGGGGCAGGUGAGAACACAGGAUGAUUUGAAAAGUUUAUUGGAACUAUUGAUUCGUUACUCUGGAGGAUAUUCUGAAACAGAAUUACGCGAAGAGUCACUCGUGUUGCUUUUAGCGUCCAUUGACACUACAGUUUCUGUCAGCGGCUUUGCCUCAGUCCUGUUGUCUCAACACCUCGAUGUACAGGACAAAGUAUACGAGGAGAUUAAAGAAGUCUUUGAUGAUUUUGAUCAGACAAUAACUAUUAAUGAUUUAAAUAAACUUAAAUAUUUGGAAGCUGUUUUGAAGGAAACAAUGCGACUCUAUCCUACGACUCCAUUGAUUAUGAGGAAGUGUCAAACUGAUUUAAAACUUCCUUCAGGUUUAGUUUUAAAUGAAGGUUGUCAAGCUAUUAUUAACAUAUGGGGAUUGCACCGUAAUCCUAAGUAUUGGGGACCAGAUGCUGAUAAAUUUAGGCCAGAAAGAUUUUUAGAUGCAACACCUGAGCAACAAACCGCUUAUAUACCUUUUAGCACAGGACCACGAAACUGCGCUGGUAGUCGAAUAGGCAUCAUCUCAUUGAAAACGACCCUAGUCUCUAUUUUACGGAAGUAUCGACUAAAACCAGCUGCUUCUUUCAUAUACAAUGAGCAGAACCCUCUAAGAGUGAAACAUACAUUGGUUACAAAACACUUGGAUAACUUUCAAGUACAAUUAGAACAUAGAAUUUGA